AUGUUUAACCGGCGCCCACAACACCUAGCCGGUCUUCGCAGUUCCGAAUUAAGAGGAAUGUCCCGUCUUCGCAACCCAGCGGAAUAUGUAUCGAAAGCAAAACGUAGAUGGACCGGUCACAUCAUGAGAAGAAUCGACGAUAGAUGGACUAAAGGAACACUAGAGUGGAUCCCAAGAGAUGCUAAACGCCCUCGAGGGAGACUGCCAACGAGAUGGGGUGACGUGUUCGCUACACGGAUUGACCAGCUCAGAGCUCAGCUGGAUACGGCUCAAGGACCUCGUCAACGUCACUCACGAAACUUGAGAACAUCUUGGAUGACAGUGGUGAGGGAACGAAACGAGUGGAAGAGAUGCUGGGGCCCGCACGUCCAGUGA